CAUGAUACCAAGUGUGUCUGCAGCACCUCCCACACGCGCGAAGCUCGGUGGCCUCUCCACCAGAGUAGUCCUUGACGACCCAAAUCGAGUGCACUAUGGCAACGAUAUUCCGGUCUCCGGGAGCCUCCUCUUGAAGUACUUACCUCUGCUCAGAGGGCUACCAAAUUCUCCAUUGAAUGCUGAACUCUUUGGGCCGCUGCAGGUCGAAAUUACUCUUGGAGGGAGUGCCCGCAUCAAUCACGUGAACGAGACGCGUGCAGAGGUCUUUGCUUUGGUCAAGGAGGUGGUCUGUAUCCAUGAUGGGCCGUUCAGAGCCUCUCCAGACGAGGAACGACGGCUGCCAUUUGCAAUCAGAUUCCCAGCACACGCAAAUCCGAGCUCGAACACGACAGGUGUCCGAAGCUGGCCCCUUCACGAGCACGUGUUGCCUGUCGAACGUGAAGCACUACCACCAACUUGCAGUGUACACCUGAACCAUGACGCUUGGGAGACUCGCAAAUCAGCGAAAUGGUCUUCUACCACAGACACGGCGAUGAGUGUGGAUUAUACGAUUGAUACACAAGUUCGCAUGCCUGGCAUCAAAAUGGAGAUUGUAGAUGCGACCCAACAGGGUGGGACCAGCGUUCUUUACGACCAACCGAAGAUUCCCUUGUCGAUCGCUACUUGCAACCAGAGCUUGACUAGCGAAUUUUCGCAGACUUUUACUGCUCAGAACGAAGCUCUGAGACCAUCCUCUAAGCGGCCUCAUGGGGUCAGGAACAAGACCAAAGCGCUCUUGAAGCCCGCUGAACUGCCCAGAUUUAUUUUCGAGGCAGAGCUAAUUGGUAUUCCCAAGCAUGCAUACGUGGGAAGACAAUUAUCAUUCGCUCUCAGCAUCAUCCCGCACGCAUCAAGUACCGUGCAAACAGCACCCAAUCUUUUUCUAGACUCUUGUACGAUCACACUGAUUGCACAUACAACUGGUCUACAGCCUGCGGUGAUAGAAAUCAUCAAAACCAAAGAAGCUGGUUUCUCAUCUGCAAAACCGUACUCGGAAGAGUAUGGCUGGACCAAGUCCAUCAAUAUCGGCCAGCUCAGCUGGGUCCCAAGCACAUUCACAUUCCGCAACAUCACCAGGACCUACAAGCUGCGAAUCGCCGUCCAGUUCUCGGUGGGCGCACAGAAGAUGAAGAUGAGCCGCGACGUGCCUCUGACCAUACAUCCGCCCGUGGAAAGCGAUACAACGAGAGUAGGGACUGCGGAAGACCCAGAUGGCUUACCAUCGUAUCAAGAAGCAAGCUAUGAAUCCAGAGCUGACCUUGGUCCGGUCCCGUCCUACGAGCAGGCAAUGACGACGACGACAACAACAUCCUCUGAUGCUAUGCCACAUGACGCCGCGCCGAGUUAUGGCGACCACAACGUAGGCUUUGCUUCGGCAUCUCUGGGAUGAAUGUAAAUAUACCUUCUACUCAAGGUUUAUAUAGAAGCAGCGAAUGUUCUUCUAUUGAAU